UGACAAUAAUUACAGUAACGAAUUACUUUUCGAACAAAAACGAUGACUACGAAUAAGAUAUCCAGAUUAUUCCUACUGCUUUUGUUGUCAGCAAUUGCGAGUAGCCAAGAACUUGUUGAAACAGCCCAGUCCGAUACUACAGCACAAGGCGGAGGCCAAGGAAUUAACUGCAAUGGCAAAAGUGCGGUGUGUGUCGGUCCUCUUAUGUACAAGGAUUGUGUGCCCGAAGCAAAUGGCCAAAUGUUUGCUACUGGUAAUGCAAAAAAAUGUCCCGCCAAUUCACGUUGUAUAAAUGACGGUGUAGAAAUAUGUGUGCCAAUUAAAACUUCGACCGAAGCUCCAGCUCAUGGUGGUGACAACAGCACAAGUGCUCCAUCAACUGCCGCUCCUCCACCAGUCGAGACGAGUUCUGCCCCAAUAAUAUCGUCCACUGAAGGACCCGUUGAUCCUACACCUGCUCCAGAAGUCCCUAUCGAGACAACUCAGGCACCCUCUGUACCUGCAGAAACAACGAAAGCUCCUGGUGCACCAGUUGAUCCUAAUAUUCCAAUAAGCUCUACAACAGAAUUGCCAAUUGAUCACCCAACACAAGUACCAAUGGAACCAACACCACCAGUAAAUCCGAUUGAUCCUAAUGUACCCGUUGAAACAACAGCCGACCCUUUGAUUCCAAAUACUCCAACAGAUUUACCAAUUGAAGAAACCACCACCGUUCCCACUAAUCCAACCAAUCCAAAUAAUCCUUCCAAUCCUAUCGAUCCAACAAACCCCAUUGACCCCACCAAUCCAAUUGAUCCAACAAAUCCAGUUGAUCCAAACAAUCCAGUUGAUCCCACAAAUCCUGUUGAUCCCACAAAUCCAGUUGACCCAACAAACCCAGUUAAUCCCAACAAUCCAGUUGAUCCAACAAAUGCAGUUGAUCCAACAAAUCCAGUUGGCCCACCAUUGCCAACAGAUCCUAGCACUCCCGUCAAUCCCGAUGUACCUGUAGAUCCUAGUGCGCCUGUAGAUCCCAAUGCUCCUGUGGACCCACCUUUGCCAACAGAGCCAAAUCCAACCAGUCCAAUCGAACCAAAUGCACCAAUUGAUCCUAAUCCUCUUGAUCCCAACGCACCUAUCGACCCCAACGCUCCAAAUGAGCCCCCCGUUCCAACUGAUCCCGCUGCACCCGUUGAUCCCAAUCUUCCAGUAGAUCCCAAUGCACCAGUGGAUCCAACAGCGCCAACAGAUCCCAAUGGUCCAGUUGAUCCUAACGCUCCAAUUGAUCCCAAUACACCAGUGGAUCCAACAGCGCCGGCAGAUCCCAAUGGUCCAGUCGAUCCAAACACUCCGGUUGAUCCCAGCACACCAGUCGAUCCCAUCGCACCAGUUGAUCCGAACGCUCCAGCUGAUCCAGCACAGCCAACGGAUCCUACAACUCCAGUUGAUCCUAACGCACCAGCUGAUCCCACCGCUCCUGUUGAUCCAACCGCUCCUGUUGAUCCCACCGCUCCUGCUGAUCCCAACGCACCAGUUGAUCCCAACACACCAGUUGAUCCAAAUGGUCCAGUUGAUCCCAACACACCAGUUGAUCCCAACGCACCAGUUGUUCCUAAUGCUCCAGUUGAUCCAAACGCACCAGUUGAUCCCAACGCACCAGUUGAUCCAAAUGUUCCAGUUGAUCCAAACGCACCAGUUGAUCCUAACGCACCAGUUGAUCCUAAUGCUCCAGUUGAUCCCGUACUGCCAACGGAUCCCACAGUUCCACUUGAUCCCAACGCUCCAGCUGAUCCCACCGCUCCUGUUGAUCCAACCGCUCCUAUUGAUCCCACCGCUCCUGCUGACCCCAAUGCUCCAGUUGAUCCCAACACACCAGUUGAUCCAAAUGGUCCAGUUGAUCCCAACACACCAGUUGAUCCUAAUGCACCAGUUGAUCCAAACGCACCAGUGGAUCCCAACGCACCAGUUGAUCCAAAUGGUCCAGUUGAUCCAAACGCACCAAUUGAUCCGAACGCACCAGUUGAUCCAAAUGCUCCAGUUGAUCCCGCACUGCCAACGGAUCCCACAACUCCAGUUGAUCCCAACGCUCCAGCUGAUCCAAAUGCUCCAGUUGAUCCUAAUGCUCCAGUUGAUCCUAACACUCCAGUUGAUCCCAACGCUCCAGUUGAUCCAAAUGCGCCAGUUGAACCUAUCGCACCAAUUGAUCCCAACACUCCAGUUGAACCAAAUAAUCCAGUUGAUCCUAACACUCCAGUUGAUCCUAAUGCUCCACUUGAUCCGGCACUGCCAACGGAUCCCACAGCUCCACUUGAUCCUAACGCUCCAGCUGAUCCAAAUGCCCCAGUUGAUCCAAAUGCUCCAGUUGAUCCUAACACUCCAGUUGACCCUAAUGCCCCAGUUGAUCCUAAUGCCCCAGUUGAUCCUAAUGCCCCAGUUGAUCCUAACGCACCCGUCGAUCCCAAUGCUCCAGUCGAUCCAAAUGCUCCAGUUGAUCCUGCACUGCCAACGGAUCCCACAGCUCCACUUGAUCCCAACGCUCCAGCUGAUCCUAAUGCCCCAGUUGAUCCUAACGCACCAGUCGAUCCCAAUGCUCCAGUCGAUCCUAACACUCCAGUUGAUCCAAAUUCUCCAGUUGAUCCUAACGCCCCAGUUGAUCCUAUCGCUCCAGUUGAUCCUAACGCCCCAGUUGAUCCUAUCGCCCCAGUUGAUCCCAAUGCCCCAGCUGAUCCUAAUGCUCCAGUCGAUCCCGCACUACCAACGGAUCCCACAGCUCCAGCUGAUCCCAACGCACCAGUCGAUCCCACUGUUCCAGUCGAUCCUAACGCUCCAGUCGAUCCAAACGCUCCAGUCGAUCCAAACGCUCCAGUCGAUCCUAAUGCCCCUGUUGAUCCAAAUGCCCCUGUUGACCCUAAUGCCCCUGUUGAUCCCAACACACCAGUCGAUCCCAGUGCCCCAGUUGAUCCCAACACACCAGUCGAUCCCAACAAUCCAGUGAAUCCUAACGCCCCAGUUGAUCCUAACGCACCAAUCGAUCCCAAUGGACCAGUUAAUCCCAACGCACCAGUCGAUCCCACUGCUCCAGUCGAUCCAAAUACUCCAGUUGAUCCUAAUGCUCCAGUUGAUCCAAACGCUCCAGUUGAUCCUAAUGCUCCAGUUGACCCUAAUGCUCCAGUUGAUCCCAAUGCACCAGUUGAUCCCAUCGCACCAGUCGAUCCCAACGCCCCAGUCGAUCCAAAUGCACCAGUUGACCCCAACUCGCCAGUUGAUCCAAAUACUCCAGUCGAUCCUAAUGCCCCUGUUGAUCCAAAUGCCCCUGUUGAUCCUAAUGCCCCAGUUGAUCCCAACACACCAGUCGAUCCCAGUGCUCCAGUUGAUCCCAACGCACCAGUCGAUCCUAAUGCUCCAGUCGAUCCAAAUGCACCAGUUGACCCCAACUCGCCAGUUGAUCCAAAUGCUCCAGUCGAUCCUAAUACCCCUGUUGAUCCAAAUGCUCCAGUUGAUCCUAAUACCCCAGUCGAUCCCAACACACCAGUCGAUCCCAGUGCUCCAGUCGAUCCCAACAACCCAGUGGAUCCUAACGCCCCAGUUGAUCCCAAUGCACCAGUCGAUCCCAGCGCUCCAAUUGAUCCAAAUGCUCCUGUUGAUCCUAAUGCUCCAGUUGAUCCUAAUGCCCCAGCAGAUCCUAAUGCUCCAGUCGAUCCCGCACUACCAACGGAUCCCACAGCUCCAGCUGAUCCCAACGCACCAGUCGAUCCUACUGCUCCAGUCGAUCCAAAUGCACCAGUUGACCCCAACUCGCCAGUUGAUCCAAAUGCUCCAGUCGAUCCUAAUACCCCUGUUGAUCCAAAUUCUCCAGUUGAUCCUAAUACCCCAGUCGAUCCCAACACACCAGUCGAUCCCAAUGCUCCAGUUGAUCCCAAUGCACCAGUCGAUCCCAACAAACCAGUGGAUCCUAACGCCCCAGUCGAUCCCAACGCUCCAAUUGACCCCAACGCUCCAAUUGAUCCAAAUGCUCCAGCUGAUCCUAAUGCUCCAAUUGAUCCUAAUGCUCCAGUUGAUCCAAAUGCUCCAGUCGAUCCAAAUGCUCCUGUUGAUCCUAACACCCCUGUUGAUCCGAAUACCCCAGUCGAUCCUAACGCACCAGUCGAUCCUAAUUCCCCCGUUGAUCCAAAUGCACCAGUCGAUCCAAACACCCCAGUAGAUCCCAAUGCACCAGUCGAUCCGAAUGCUCCAGUUGAUCCCAACACACCAACCGAUCCCAGUGCUCCAGUUGAUCCCAAUGCACCAGUUGAUCCCAAUGCCCCAGUUGAUCCCAAUGCACCAGUCGAUCCAAAUGCUCCAGUUGAUCCCAACACACCAGUCGAUCCCAACAACCCAGUUGAUCCUAAUGCUCCAAUUGAUCCAAAUGCUCCAGUUGAUCCAAGUGCUCCAGUUGAUCCUAAUGCCCCAGUCGACCCUAACGCACCAGUCGAUCCUAACGCACCAGUCGAUCCCAACUCACCAGUCGAUCCCAAUGCUCCAGUUGAUCCCAACACGCCAACCGAUCCCAGUUCUCCAGUUGAUCCUAACGCCCCAGUUGAUCCUAACGCCCCAGUUGAUCCCAAUGCACCAGUCGAUCCAAAUGCUCCAGUUGAUCCCAACACACCAGUCGAUCCCAGUGCUCCAGUUGAUCCCAAUGCCCCAGUCGAUCCCAACAACCCAGUUGAUCCUAAUGCUCCAGUUGAUCCUAAUGCUCCAGUUGAUCCUAAUGCUCCAGUUGAUCCAAGUGCUCCAGUCGAUCCUAACGCACCAGUCGAUCCUAAUUCCCCUGUUGAUCCCAAUGCACCAGUCGAUCCGAAUGCUCCACUUGAUCCCAACACACCCGUCGAUCCCAAUGCUCCAGUUGAUCCCAACGCACCAGUCGAUCCCAACAACCCAGUUGAUCCUAAUGCUCCAGUUGAUCCUAAUGCUCCAGUUGAUCCCAAUGCACCAGUCGAUCCAAAUGCUCCAGUUGAUCCCAACACACCAGUCGAUCCCAGUGCUCCAGUUGAUCCCAAUGCCCCAGUUGAUCCCAACAACCCAGUUGAUCCUAAUGCUCCAGUUGAUCCUAAUGCUCCAGUUGAUCCAAGUGCUCCAGUCGAUCCUAACGCACCAGUCGAUCCUAAUUCCCCUGUUGAUCCCAAUGCACCAGUCGAUCCGAAUGCUCCACUUGAUCCCAACACACCAGUCGAUCCCAAUGCUCCAGUUGAUCCCAACGCACCAGUCGAUCCCAACAACCCAGUUGAUCCUAACGCUCCAGUUGAUCCUAAUGCUCCAGUUGAUCCCAAUGCACCAGUCGAUCCAAAUGCUCCAGUUGAUCCCAACGCACCGGUCGAUCCCAGUGCUCCAGUUGAUCCCAAUGCCCCAGUUGAUCCCAACGCACCAGUCGAUCCCAACAACCCAGUUGAUCCUAAUGCUCCAAUUGAUCCAAGUGCUCCAGUCGAUCCUAACGCACCAGUCGAUCCUAAUUCCCCUGUUGAUCCCAAUGCACCAGUCGAUCCGAAUGCUCCACUUGAUCCCAACACACCAGUCGAUCCCAAUGCACCAGUCGAUCCAAAUGCUCCAGUUGAUCCCAACACACCAGUCGAUCCCAGUGCUCCAGUUGAUCCCAAUGCCCCAGUUGAUCCCAACGCACCAGUCGAUCCCAACAACCCAGUCGAUCCAAAUGCACCAGUUGAUCCUAACACCCCACUUGAUCCUAAUGCUCCAGUCGAUCCAAAUACCCCAGUUGAUCCCAACGCUCCAGUCGAUCCUGUUGCCCCUGUUGAUCCUAAUGCACCAGUUGAUCCCAACUCGCCAGUUGAUCCAAAUGCUCCAGUUGAUCCUAAUGCUCCAGUUGAUCCUAAUGCUCCAGUUGAUCCUAAUGCUCCAGUUGAUCCAAAUGCUCCAGUCGAUCCUAAUGCUCCAGUUCAUCCUAAUACCCCGGUUGAUCCUAAUGCUCCAGUCGAUCCAAAUGCUCCAGCCGAUCCAAAUGCUCCUUUUGAUCCUAACACCCCAGUUGAUCCUAACACCCCAAUUGAUCCUAAUGCUCCAGUCGAUCCAAAUGCUCCAGUUGAUCCUAGUGCUCCAGUUGAUCCCAACGCUCCAGUCAAUCCUAACUUCCCAGUUGAUCCAAAUACACCUAUCGAUCCCAAUCACCCUGGAUCUGGAGAACACGGUCGUCCUGGACAUCCCAAUAGACCAAAUUGGCCUAACCAUGAAGAAGGAAGUGGCAACCAUCAUCACCAUCGUCCUGGCAGACCAGCUCAUCCAUCUAAACCCGGAUCAGCAGAACAUAAUUCAGCGGAAUCUAAGCCACAAAAACCAAUUUCAAAAGAAGAAUCCUCCGUAGAAGACAAAUCUAAGGAGAAAAAGAAAGAUAAAGAAGAUUCAGAGGAGAAGAAAAAUAACAGUGAGGAAAAGAAUAAUAAAAAACAGGCAGAAAAGGAAUUGAAAAAGAAAGCUGAAGAAGCUAAAAAAGAACUCAUAAAGAAGAUCGAAAAGAAACUUAAGAAAAACAAGUGUGACGAAGACGACGUCUAUCCAGAUAUCAAGGAUUGCAAGAAGUAUUACCGUUGCGUCGACAACUCGGACAACAACACUUUCAUUCAUCUCCGCUGCGAUGAUGACAAACGUUUCGAUAACGAUAGUAAGAAAUGCGUAAAGAAGAGUAAAGCUACAUGCCUACUAAAGGAUGAUUAAGAGAGAACAUGAGACAAUGUUCUUAGAAUAAAUAAAUUAUCUACUUUCGAUUAAAUUUACCUACAUAGAGUAUAAAAUACAUGCCAUAUUUAUUGUCACUAAGAAAAUUUAAAUAAAAUACAGUCGAUGAAACA